GUACCAACGUGCAAUUUUUUUCAAAUCGGGUAGGUGGACAAGGUAUCGUACAGCAGCUUCCCUUGGCAUGAGUCCAUCGUCGGACAAUGGUCUUGACCUUUUCUACGGUUCUCCCGCCCGUCGUUGUCGUCCAUCUCUUCUUCUCCCCAUCACCAUCUUCACAACACUCAUCAUCGACUCUUCACAGCCCAGUUACGCCAACAGAUCAGCACCAGUUUUGGACUCUUGACAUCCACUACACAGGCAUCAAUUCCCUUAAAUAGCUUCUUUGUCUGUACCACAUCACCUCCUCUCCCAGCUCGUCACAGCACCAACUGUACCAAAAUGAGACAGACAACUUUCGUCACCGGCCUCGCCGCUAUGCUGCCCUCUGCCGCUCAGGCCUGGUCUGUCCCAGCACUUCUCGACUCCCGUCAGAACAGCCCGCAUUACCAAGACGUUGUUUGCAAGCCCAAGACUGGCUCCGGUGGCCAGCUUCCCCCUUGCGUCCAGAUUGAGAACAUUGAGAUCGCUUGCAAGCCCAAUGGCACUGACCCGAUUCACUUCGAGGCUCAUGCUCAAUGCAUGUGCGGCGGAUCCUUCUUCGCCGAGAAGCUGGGUUGUGAGAGAUGCCUGUUCGUCCACGGCCUUCGCAGCGAGCGGUCCUUGGCUUACUACAGCGGCGUUCUCUCAUCCGCCUCGAAUGCUCUGUGCACUGGUACGCCUACUGCCGAUUUCGCCACCAUCUACUCAAACAUCGAGGUUGCUGCUACUCCCGUCACCACUGGUGCCACGGCUUCGAGUGAUCAAGCUCCCAGCGACACGGCCAUCUCUCUCUACUAUACGGCUAGCGGCUUACAGGGUCCCGGUAGCAUCACUGGCGAAGCUGCUAGCGCUACCGGCACCAGCAAGAGCUCAACGGCCAAGCCGACCACCACUGCGAAUGGCUCAGCUACAGGAGGCGGUGCCUUCACCCGUGCCUCGACCACCGCUGGGACCACUGCUGCUGCCAGUGGUACGGCUACCGGCGACGCUGCCACCACCUCGCCCGCGUCUGGCAAUGGCGCGAUGCCCACGUACGCUGCAGGUGGCCUCAUGAUGGGUGCUGCCGGUCUGGCGGUGCUUGCAGGGUUGUAAAAAGACUACGUUGAUGUCGAAGGGAGGAAGUAAUGGGUGCGGAAACCAGUGCCGGGGUGUAGGGUUAAUGGCUACUGUCGAUGCUGUAACACGAAUCAAGCACUAAUGAAUAAUGCAAGAAUGCACUCUUCCUGCCUUUCUCAUCCAAGCCAUGCU